AUGGCCUCCGCCCCGGAGGACCCCUUGGAGCGUUAUUUUAAAGGUCACAAAGCUGCGGUCACCUCUGUGAGCUUCAGCCCCAACGGCAAACAACUCGCUACUGCAUCCUGGGACACCUUUCUCAUGCUAUGGAAUUUGAAACCACAAGCUAGAGCUUACAGAUAUGUAGGUCACAAGGACGUUGUAACCAGCGUGCAGUUUUCUCCACAAGGGAACUUACUAGCAUCUGGCUCAAGAGACAGAACUGUUAGACUCUGGAUUCCUGAUAAGAAAGGGAAAUCUUCAGAAUUUAAAGCACAUACAGCUCCAGUUCGAAGUGUGGACUUUUCAUCCGAUGGUCAAUAUCUUGUUACAGCUUCUGAAGACAAGUCUAUCAAAGUAUGGAAUAUGCAUCGCCAACGCUUCUUAUAUUCCUUAUACCGACACACACACUGGGUACGCUGUGCCAAAUUUUCCCCUGAUGGAAGACUCAUAGUAUCAUGUAGUGAGGACAAAACGGUUAAAAUUUGGGAUACCACAAAUAAGCAGUGUGUUAAUAACUUCUCUGAUUCUGUAGGAUUUGCAAAUUUUGUGGACUUCAACCCUAAUGGGACAUGUAUAGCUUCAGCAGGUUCUGAUCACACCGUGAAAAUCUGGGAUAUCCGAGUAAACAAAUUACUCCAGCAUUAUCAAGUUCACAACUGUGGAGUUAACUGUGUGUCAUUCCACCCUUCGGGUAACCACCUCAUCACUGCUUCUUCUGAUGGCACCCUUAAGAUUCUGGAUCUCUUGGAAGGAAGACUCAUAUAUAUGCUUCAAGGACACACGGGACCUGUCUUUACUGUUUCCUUUUCCAAAGGUGGAGAGAUGUUUGCAUCAGGUGGUGCAGAUGCACAGGUCUUACUGUGGAAGACUAACUUUGAUGAGUUGCAUAGUAAAAAUCUUAAUAAAAGAAAUCUCAAAAGAUUGCAUUUUGAUUCACAACCACACCUUCUCGACAUCUACCCAAGAACACCACAUCCCCAUGAGGGAAAAGUUGAGACUGUUGAAAUUAAUCCAAAGCUUGAUGUAAUCGAUUUGCAAAGUUCUUCUCCCCCUGUUGUGGACAUCCUUUCUUUUGAUUCUACUACAACAACAGACACCAUUGAUAGAACUCAGCCAGACAAGAAUGGUGAGGACAUCAGUGCGUAUUUCAUGAACCCAUCCUUGGUACAACCAGGGUGUUCACCAGCUGUGAGAAAGAAGACAGAAGAUGUGAGUGACCUGCUGUCUGACAGUCAAAGAAGCGUACCACUUGCUGUGACUGAUGCACUAGAGCAUAUCAUGGAGCAGCUCAACGUCUUGACACAGACUGUUUCAAUUUUGGAGCAGCGACUGACUUUGACAGAGGAUAAGCUGAAAGACUGCCUUGAAAAUCAGCAAAAGAUUUUCGGUGCCAUCCACCAGAAAAGUUGACUAGGA